CGAGUGAAUGUGAAUCUUUGAUUAUGGAGUAAAUCUCAAUUUGUUUUUCUCCCCUCUUCCCUUCCCUUUGUUUUAUGGACCAAAGGUCUUCCACCCCAUUUCAAUGCAUUAAUUCUUAAAACCAAUACAAGAAAACUAGGAUACUUCUCUUCACAAAAAUGGAAUAUUUCCCUUCACAACAAACAACUAUAGUACUAGCUAUAGCUUUAGUUGUUCUAUACAACAUAUGGAGGAUAAAAAAACAUAGUAAUAACAAAUUAAAGGGUAAGCAACCACCACAACCAUCAUAUGCUUUACCUUUUAUAGGUCACCUCCAUCUACUAGGAAACCAAACACCCCUUGCAAGAAUCUUUGCUUCUUUUGCUGACAAAUAUGGUCCAAUUUUCCAAAUCUAUUUAGGAUCAUACCCUGCCCUUGUUAUUUCCAACCAAGAAUCAAUCAAAGAAUGUUUCACCACAAACGACAAAAUCUUAGCCUCAAGACCAAAAUCAAGUCAUGGAAUCUACCUUGGUUAUAACUAUGCUGGCUUUGGUUUUGCACCUUAUGGCACAUAUUUUACUAAACUAAGAAAAUUAACCAUGCUUGAAUUACUCUCGUCUCGCCGUAUCGAAUCGUUGAGACAUCUUUACGAAUCGGAGAUCGAUACUUUGGUUAACGAUCUUUGGUUAUAUGUUAAGGACAAUAAUAAGGUAACUAAAGCUGUUGUGAUUAGUAAAUGGUUGGAAAAAUUAACAUUUAAUAUAAUUACAAAGAUGAUUAGUGGGAAAAGGUAUUUUGAGUAUUUGCAAGAUGUGGAUGAUGUAGAAGCACAUGGUAUUGUGAAACUUAUAAAAGAGUUUAUGCAUAUUUCUGGUGAGUUUGUUCCUUCGGAUUUGAUUCCAAUUAUUGGCUGGUUUGGUUUUGAAGGACAAGUGCUUAAAUCUAUGAAAAGGGUUGGUAGAGAUUUGGAUAAAGUUGUUGGAAGAUGGGUUGAUGAACAUGUUCAGAAGAUUGAUGAUGGUGUCAAUGAAAAACAUGAUUUCAUUGAUGUUAUGUUGUCUGUGAUUGAAGAUGAUCCUUCUUCUGGUCAUGAUCGUGAUACUAUCAUCAAGGCAAAUAUUAUGAAUCUUAUGUUAGCCGGGUCAGACACAACAUCAACAACAAUGACAUGGAUCCUAGCCAUAUUAUUGAACAAUACAAAUGCUUUAAAGCGUGCACAAGAAGAAAUUAACCAUCACAUAGGUAAGAAAAGAAGGGUAGAAUCAUCAGACAUAAAAAACUUAGUUUAUUUACAAGCAAUUAUGAAAGAAACAUUGAGGUUAUACCCCCCAGGUCCACUAUUAGUACCCCACGAAGCAACAAAAGAUUGUUACAUUCAAGGCUAUAAUGUUCCAAAAGGGACACGUGUCUUUGCAAAUGUGUGGAAAUUACAUAGAGAUCCAAGUAUUUGGUUAGAGGCAGAGAAAUUUUCACCCGAAAGGUUUAUUAAUGAAAAAAAUGGAGAACUUUAUGAAGGUCAUAAUUUUGAGUACCUACCUUUUGGGUUAGGGAGAAGGGCUUGUCCUGGAUCUAUGUUUGCUACACAAGUUUGUCUCAUUACACUUGCAAGAUUGAUUCAUGGGUUUGAUUUGGAAGUUCCAAUGGGUGAAGAUGUUGAUAUGAGAGAAGGGUUAGGUAUAACUUUGCCUAAGUUGACUCCAUUGAAUGUUAUUUUGACCCCACGGUUGACCUAUGAACUCUAUAAUUGACCCAAAAAGAGACACAACAAGAACAAUUUUUUGGUACAA